AUGUCACGGAAUUCGUGUAUCUAUUCCGUGAUUUUUCUGUUGCUAUCCAUCGGGAAUUUCGCCGCAGAGAAUUCCGAAGAAUCUCAUCAACCAGCUGGAAUUUAUGUCAGAUUGAAUCAGAAGGCGGUGGAUUAUGUAGCAGAUCUGGCUUCUGAUGCUCUCCCAGCGAUUCUUAACAACCUGAGCCCACCAGAUAUCAAAACUGACAUUGCUACAAUUUCGAAACUUCACAUUUCGAAUGUGGCCAAACCGAAUAUCAGUGCAAAGUUUAUGAAUGAAAAAGGAGUCGCCUAUAACAUCACUUUGGCCUCUUUCCGCGCGAGCGCUUAUGCAGAAAUCAGUGUUUUCUUGUGGACUUAUGAGGGAGAUUUCACUGCAGAGCUCAAGGAGCUCUCGAUCCAAUCCGAACUUCAUUUUGACUAUAACGAAACUACCACCGUGACGGCUCCAGUGUGCAAUGUGACUCAAUCGGAGGUUUCAUUAGUGUUCCCACCGGGAUCCGGUUUGGCUUCUCUCCAAUCAGAGAUCAAGGGACAAAUCGUCUCUGCUAUUCGCGACGCCGUCUGUUCCACUGCCGUUGAUGCUUUGACUUUUGUCAUGGCUCAGAAACCAAUUCCACCCGAAAGUCCGAAUUACGAGAAACCGUCUGGAGGAGAUCCAAACGGAUUCAGUGUUGCAGAGCUAGGAGUAUCUUUGUGCAAGCCGGAUUCUUUGAAAGACGAUGAUACUGAAGAAGUCUCCACUACCACUGCUUCUCCAGACGAUAAUUCCACGUCUACUGGUGAAGAUAGUUCACCUUAUUGGGGAGUUGACUUGUCUGUAAAUCAUCCACCAACAUUCACUGAUGAGGACAUGAUCAUCGGUCUUGAUGGAGGAAUUAUGUUCAAUGGCUGGAAGGCUGGAUCUGCUCAUUUACCUCAAGUUCUGAACAAGACCAGAUUAGAUAAGAAAAUGGUUGGAAUCCUUCUAUCCGAGUACAUUCCAAACACCCUCUUUCACCACAUUUAUUUGUACGACCUUGGAAAUUUCAGACAUCGAUACACCCCCGGAUCCCUUCCAAAGAUCCUUCAAAAGCUCUCCAGAGCAGUCUGCUCAAAGUGCUACGUUGAAGUGUCUGCAAAUUUGACAGAGCAACCAAAAUUACAAAUCGAUGCCAACCUGGGAGCCAGAGUUCAGUUGUCUGGAAAUGUUUCAAUUAUGUUCCGUGGAAGAGAAAAGCUUCAUGAUGUGUUGUACGCCAAUACCAAGUUGCAUGUGACGCUGAAACCUACAGUAAGACACUCGAGAGUUUUUGGAGAUGUGUCGCUGACCAAUGUGGAUGUCAAUGUUUUUGAUCUUGGUCUCGGUGGUCCACUCGCUGCUCCAAUCGAGAAACUCUUCUCAUUCGUCGUGCCACGUGUCCUCUGGCCUCAAGUCAAGAAGCGUCUUCGCUUCGCUAUGAACCGUCGUGGUGUCAAACUUCCAAUCUUCUGCGGCGUAGAAUUAGAACACACCGAACUGGAUUUCGUUGAUCAUGCUGUUCUUCUGAACACGGACUUCUCAUUCGACUUACCACUCUUUCUGUCUAAAUUCAAGAGAUAUCUGGAAGUGAAGAGCAAGUUCAACCCAAAUCUGCCCAAAUAUGUGAAUGUCUGA